AUGGCGAAGCCGCCAAAGAUCGUGGUAGAGAGUCCGAUUGACCAUACAGCUUUAGCUCAGGCACUCUCGGAUGAUGACGAUGAUUUGUCAUUCUUCACAUCGCUGGCGAGCGCUGCCUCCACGCCAUUAAAGCUCAUUGCCAAACGACGCUCCCUGGAAGCCCCUAUCAUUUUAGACACUACACGUCUUAUGGCUGCGAAUAUACGCCCAUUGAACUUCUCUCGCCGGCGACAAACUGAACAUCGACGUCAAUCACCCUCCCCAACCAAUUCCGCUUCUCAGGCUGAGCACAGAGACAAUUUCCUAAACCCCUAG